CCCAGCGAUCAUUGUACUACAGAGAGAACUUUUAAAAUUAAACUCGCGAGACAUAACUCAUUGGUUCAAGAUCCAUCAGCAAACAAUGUCUGGUCAGCUUCCACUCGUAUGGACUCAUCAGUAAUCACAAAGCGUUCACUCAGUGGCACGACAAACGUCGCCCUCUGAUCAAACUGGAUACGUCCUCAACAACCCCUCUCGAACGUGAUCCCGAGCCGGGUAACCACUCCGUGUCAACUUCUGGUAUAGUACGGCGGGAUAUGUUGUAUUCUUGCUCAACUACUUCUGUUGAACCUCGAUCAAACUAUCGACACUACACACGUGUUGAAAGCUCAAAAACCAGCGACGCAAACCCACUCCUAAAGGAAAGUAACACCCCACAAUGGACGUUCCGUGUCACGGUCCAGGCGGGUCUCAAUCUCAAUAUUAAUAGGCAGUGCAGCGUCGGCGCUGUCAAAGAUGUACUCGGGCUACGGAAUAUUCUUACUCCUCCAAUCACGGAGUCGUUAGCCUAGUUCCGAGACCAGGGUGGGGUAGCAUCAGACUCGGUUGAGAUCCACGGUUGCUUUCGGAUAUUUACGAUCUUCGAUGAUAUCACGAGGUCUCUUUUAUUGCCUCUAUCUGUUCACCGCCAUAUUGUUUCGAUAUUCAGGUCAGCUCAUAUAGCGCAACAGUUGUCAAGUCUAAUUCGUCGGACGAGAGUUGUAGUGCAUUCUUUCUCGAGGGAGCUCAUUUGGGUGUUAUAAGGGAACUCCUAGACCAAUAGACAACCGGAGAUCCUCCGGAAAUACCCAUUUCAUAUCUUCGCGAGCAAGUGCGAAGUCCAACAAGUACAAUCAUUAUGUCCGCCACCAAGCUUGUGCUCUACGACAAUGCGGUUUCUUCUUAUGCGCAGAAGGUGAGGAUGGCUCUGCGCUAUAAGCAUCUUCCAUUCGAGAGCGAGGCGCCUGAAGCACUAGGCUCAGGACGGCCGAACCCAACGUUCGCCGCUGCCAACGUACGGAUGGAAGUUCCCGUCUUGAUUGAUGGCGACUUCAAAGUCUUCGACUCGACGGCCAUUCUCAUGUACCUUGAAGACAAAUUCACGUCGGAUGAACAUCCGAGUCUCUUCCCCUCUGCGGAUCCGCAAAGCAAGGCAGAGGCGCGCAUGAUCGAGGAGAUCUGCGAUACGCACUACGAGGCGAUCAACUGGGCGUUUGGGGAAAUCAAUUGGUUCAAGCGGGCCGAAGGGGAGGAAGCAGAGCGUCUUAAUGCAGCCAUUGUAGAUCAAACAAAGCAAAUUCAAGACUGGCUUACCCCGAGGCUCGGUGACAAGCCCUUUUUCUCUGGUGAAGCAGUUGGAUAUGCCGACAUAGCAGUAGCGCCUAUGCUGAACCGCUCCGUGUCCAACGGGCUCGGUCCUGAACUUGGCAGUCCUCUUCAGCAGUGGCACGCUCGGAUGGAAGAGAUUCCAUGUAUAAAAGAGACCUGGGAAGAAUUUCGAUUGGCCGCUCCGAAGAUGGCCGCCCUGGGUCCUGCAGCUUGGGAAAAGGGUCAGGGAAUGAAGCGCGAGUAUAGAGACCACAGGUUGGAGUUUUUAGUGAAGAACGGGGCGAUUGGGAUCGUUCAGAAGGGCAUCGAGGAUGACAAUAUUCGAUUUAGCUGGCCGCAUCCUAGCGCAUAAUCCGCACACAGCUUUGCAAAGCUCAAUCCCGCACCGACGGCCUAUCAUUAUCUUCUCCUUAUGUCAUUCAGGGGUAAUAGAGUCUUCAAUAUUUUUAAAUAUUCGAAUUCAGCACAUGAUACCCC